CUCGGCCGCUCCCGACUAUUGUAUAUCUAACGCUGCAAGCUCCACCGCUGUGACCCCCCUACCUUCUGCUGACUCGUGUGUUUACGUUCGCUCGUGCAGACAGAGAGAGAGAGAGAGAGAGACCAGCUGCGCGCCUCCGUAUAUCCAAAGCAUGGCCUAUCGUCGCAAGCUCCGCGACAGGUUGCUGUCGCGAGCUCGGCUCGGAUCUUAUCGCUCGCUGCAGCAGCAGCGCAAAGACUGCGGAAUCGAUAACACAACCACGAGUCGAUCGCAUCAAUAAAUAAUUUAAAAGCUCGCGUUUGUGCGCGUGUGUCCGAAGCAACACCUGUGCGAUAUCGAUAUGCAUCGACGGAACGAAAUGUGUCGCGAAUAAGUGCGGACGUUGCAUUAUUAUUUACACGUAGUAGCUGCAUUACACAACUCGAGUCUCGAGCGCGUUGAAAAAAAAAGUCGGAGCAUGACAAUCGAUCCGAGCACGCCGAGGCAGUGUUCUCUAGAGCAGAUCUCCUGCUGCAGCAGUGCGAGCAGAUAUGCCGAGCUGCUACCAACGUCGUCGGCCAGAAGCUUCCAUACGCCGGAGGGAUAAGUCGAGUCUCGCAGUGCUGGACGGGUUAUGCUACUACUACUACUACCACUGCGUAGCGCAGGUGCGUCAGCAGCAACGGCUCGACGCAGCAGCAGCAGCAGCAGCAGCCGACGGCGUAGCGGGCGAGAUUAAAGCCACGAGGUCCGACACGAAUUACAGGCAACUCGAACGUAUAUCUUCGUAGCGAGGCACCGAGUGCAAGAGAGCUUUUGAAAAAUGGGCGCCAACCAGUCGUCCUCGAGGAGUUUACCCACACCCGGCGAAGAGGUGAACUUCGAUCACUUUCAAAUACUGCGCGCCAUCGGCAAGGGCAGCUUUGGAAAGGUGUGCAUAGUGCAGAAGCGCGACGCGAGAGGCAACAUGUACGCGAUGAAGUACGUGAGGAAGGGCGAGUGCGCCGAGCGCGGCGCCCUCAAGAACGUCGCGCGAGAAGUCGAGAUCCUUUCUCGCUUGGAGCAUCCUUGCCUCGUCAAUUUGUGGUUCAGCUUUCAAGACGAAGAGGACUUGUUUAUGGUAUCGGAUCUGCUGCUCGGCGGCGAUCUGAGGUACCACUUGCAGCAAGACGUGCAAUUCAGCGAGGAGAGCGUGACGCUUUUCAUCGCCGAGGUCGCCCUGGCUCUCGAUUACCUGCAAAAGAACCGCAUCGUGCAUCGGGACAUCAAGCCGGACAAUAUUCUGCUCGACGAGGAAGGUCAUGCACACGUGACGGACUUCAACAUCGCAUCGACGUUGGAAAAGGACCAGCUCGCAACCUCGUUGUCGGGCACUAAACCAUACAUGGCCCCGGAGAUCUACAAGUGCUCAUGCGAGGAGUUCGGCGUGUUGGGUUACGGCUUCGCCGUCGACUGGUGGAGCCUCGGAGUGCUGGCCUGGGAGACUCUGGCGGGCUCGAGGCCCUUCGCCGUGCACGCCUCGACGUCGUAUCGCGAGGCCCUCCAGCUGCUGGCCAAUCGUCCCGAGCCGCCGAGUCGCUGGUCCCAGGGCAUACGCGACGUGAUCGAGCGCCUCCUCGCGAUCGAGCCGCUGGAGCGCUGCUCGACCCUCAAGGAGCUCAAGCAGCUCGGGCCCAUGGUCAACAUGGACUUCGAGGCGGUGCUCAAGAAGCGAAUCAAGCCGGCCUUCACGCCGCCCAAGGACCAUCUGAACUGCGACCCGACCUUCGAGCUCGAGGAGAUGAUCGUCGAGACCAAGCCCCUGCACAAGAAGAAGAAGCGCCUGGCCAAGCAGAGAUCGCUGAUCCGUGCCGAGUCGCUCGCGGACGAGCACACGAUGCAGCAUCACGCGCAACAGCAGCAGCACAAUCAGCAUCAGCAGCAACACAAUCAACAGAGCCAACAGCAGCAGCAGCAGCAGCAGCAGCAAUGCAGCCAAAUACCGAUAGGACAGCUGAGCGAGCAGGCAUCGAUCGAGCUGCAGCUGCAGCAGCGGCUGGCCUUCAUACCGGAGUAUCGCGUUUACAAUCGGGAGCGCGAGCUCGAGCGCCAGGAGCGCGAGCGCAAAGAGCGCCAGUGGGAGGAGGAGCUCAAUACUGCCAUGAAUCGUCCCGAACCCUCUGCCGCCGCUGCCGCUGCACACAGGUCGUUCGAGCCGGAGCAGCAGUCCGCGGAGCAGAGCAGCGAGCAGCAGCAGCAGCCGACGGACGGCCGAUUGAACGUGUCGAAGGCGAGCGUGCGGGCGCGCAUAAGCGGCUCUCCGCAUCGGAGCGUCGUCGCUGCUAAUUGUCCGCCGCAGCCGCCUCCUGCGUCGGCUAGCGCCAAUCCUUCAACGGCAACGACAACAGCAGCAGCAGCAGCUUCGACGCUUCGGCCCGAGGAGAAGCUCGACUUCAUCGACGCGAGCCCCGAGGCGUCGGCGAGCUCUUAGGGCACGCCGAUAGCCGCUCGCUGCGGCCGCAUCGUCGCUUGUCUGCCGCCCCUGCGUCAGUUGUGCCCUUACCGGGGGCCACCGCCGCCGAGCUGAUCUGCUGGUGCGCUGCUGGUCGAGGCUGAUGAUAAUGCGUCGCAUAACUGUGCGGGCCCGAAAAUGGCACAAGCUUUUUCCUGCGCACCUAUUGACACAUGUAUAGCUGCGCGCGCGAAAUCAGAGACACCCGGAGAGCUUUCUGCGAAUAAAAAGGAUUAUUUCCGCGAGCUCGGGAAAUUUUCUGCAUAUAGUGAGAUUUUUCUAUACAAAAACAAAAUAUUAUAAUUAAGAUAUGUUAUAAUUCUAUCAAAGACCAAAGAAAAGAUUUGAAACACUGCACAUUUUAUAUGGUUAACGAAACAACAACAACAAAUCAAUUAUGUAUGUAUAAAUAUUACUCGUGAGUAGCCCAUGACGAAUGUACUAUUACAACUAUCUAGAAACUUUUGCUUGCCGAACACUCUAUUUAUACGUGGACCAAGAGCAAUGUGUUUGAUAUUCAUGAAUAUGAUCGAUUGUUUCGCGAAUGGGAAAUAUGCAAUAAGUACACGGUGACAACACACGGAGCUGUAUCAAAACCAAAAAAGUUUUUUUACGUAAGCGAAUCAAAAAAAAAAAACCAAAAAAAAAAAAAAUAGAAAGAGAGAGAAAUAUAUCGUGUAUGAAUACCAGAGGAUUUGAAAGUUUUGUAGAUAACGCGCCCAGUGUUUGCGGGAAACUCCAUGGACUAAUAAAGUUGAAACUUUUAUAGUAUAUAUAGAUUACUAUUAUCCCCAAAUUCGUAUUAUAUUACAUGAAAUAUAUGGCUGGCUUCCUGAACUUUUUUUUUCGUAUAAUUAGAACGUAAUACUGGACAUUAAUCCUACUAGUGGCUCGAGCAUAUAAUUGUUUGAAUUUUCACUCAACUUCUCCAUGAGAUUUAUGAGAGCAUUCUUCCUAAUUGUAGGUACCUAUUAUAUUGUUCGUUGAAUUUUAAACAACAAAAUACAAUCGACUCUAAGCCAGAUAUAAUUGUUGAAUAAAAUCGACUUCGGUUGUUUAUGUAUAAUUUUCACCAAAUCAAAUACUUACCUCUUUAAAAUAAUCAAAACAGGAAUUGCAUUUGUUACUUUUAUAUAGUUUAUGUCACUCGACUGCGCGCGAGAAGCUUCGGAAUUUCUAAAAUUGAAUUGAAGAAAAAAAGAAAGAAGAUAUUUCUAUACAGAUAUAUUCUAUAAAUAUAGUACUAUAUAAGACCUUGUAAGCACUAAAAUAAAAAAAAAGGUGACUAUCUUCGUAGAGGAUUUGAAUCGUACUUACUAUCAAAU